CACAAGUUUAUCCCUCUCUUUGUGUUUAUGAGAUGACAGCUGAUAACAAGGAAGUAGUUAUGCAGACGUGCAGUUGCAUGUAUCGAGUACGGUUGAUAUUUUGAUUGUGGAGGACAAAAAAAUGAAGGAUGGAUCAUUAUCGAAAUUUCCUAGAAAGAUUCCAUCGAGCUAUCUCAAUCAGAGAUUUCACUGAUUUGACAAACAUCUUGAACAAUGGUCGGGGAUUUCUCGCGAUUGUUUCGCUUGAACAUCGCGAAUCAGUUGUAUACAGCAUAUUUGAUACAAAAGAUGGCUUGCUGUGUUUCCUCAAAUAUGAACUUGAACAUCGGAAUGGAAAUAGAAUUAUUGACAAUGUACUUACUGAUGCAUUUCAUUUUCUUGAAUUUCUUAUCCAAAAUUUUUAUACAACUUCGUGUUUCGUGCAAUAUAUUCUUCAAAUCAAGGAUGUGUGUCAGUCAGCGCUAACUAUAAAAUGUAGUAAUUAUACCCAGAAAGCUGCUUGUAAUGCUUUUACAAAUUUAAUAAAGCUAUUCAGGAAUUAUGAUUUAAAUCUCAUUGAGAUGGUGGACAACUUUGUGAGACAAUUUCAAACAUACAACAGGAGUGAAAAAAAAGUGGUAUUUUGUGUUCUUGGUAAAAUAAUUAAGUACAAUAAUGGAAAUGUCUGUUUGCAGAACUAUUCAAAUACAAUUUUUGAACUACUCUAUUCUGAUGCAUCUAAAGAGUAUUCAAAUACUAAUUUACACAAGGAUUUCCACGUGUACUUUGAUGUUCUCGCGGAUAUGUUGGACAGUAGUGAACCGCCGGAGAAAACAAGAAAAAAACGCUUCGAAGAAAUAUACAAAUGGAUUGAGAAUGUCAGAAAGAGUCAGAAGGAGUUAAAUAGAGAACAAGUUGUGAUGAAAUCGGCGAUAGAUCUUCUGACUCGUCAUAUGAAUUUCUUUCAAGAUCUUCUAUAUACCGAUUAUAAAAAUUGGUACGGGUCUCUUCAGGAUUUAUCACGCAAAACAACCCCUUCUGGUGCUUAUGGACGACGUGCGUUAAAAAAAUAUUACCAAGUUAUGGGGCACAUUCUUACAGAAACAAAUAGCGAAGAUGCACAAGACAUAUUAGUGUAUUUUCUUAGCGAAUAAAAAGAUUUCGAAAAUACUGACUUAGAUCUAAUCGCAUUGCAACUAAUUAUUUAUGGAUUCAGUCAAAUGGCUGCACCAUGCAAAAGGCAUAUGGAUUACAACGUCAGAUCUAUGUAUUCAAUUAUAUCCAGUUAUGCACUUCCUCUUUGCUUCAGUGAACAGAGUCAUUCCACACACAUAGAGACUAUCUGUUAUUAUCAAGAAGCGCUCUCGGAAAUACUAUGUCACAUGACUGAUGUUACAAUUGAAAAGAUUAACGUUCUUAUAAAACUCAGUAUUUAUAUAAUUAAGAGAUUUCCUGACAUGGUAAUAUCUAACAAUGUGUUCGCUGUUUCAGCGUUGAUUAAAACUAUUAGCAAAUUUGGAACUAUCAAUAGGAAUCUUCUGCAGAUAUAUCUCAAUAAUAUAAUUUAUGAUGGCAUCGCUUGGAGCUGUUCGCAUACGUUGGCGCUUGACGCAGAGUUACAACGCGAAUUAAACAACUUGCAACAGUCACCGAUAUGCUACAAGAAUUAUCUAUUGUUGUGGACGAAGCUAUUGAACAUCGAAAGCUAUUUCGGAUGCGAGCAAAUAGCGCAACAUGUGGCAGAUACCUUGGUAAAUGUGUGUAUCACGUUGAUCAGCCGAUUGGACAUACGUGUAAAACGAACAAAUGAAGACAUCGUGUAUUCGGACGUAGCCCUUACUCAGAGUCCCUUAAACCAAGCGGACUUUCGCGUGUUCACGAAUCUUGUGAACCUUUACAUUGAUGUUAUCGACUCUUCGGAGCUGUCGCUAUUCGCCAACACUGUGUACAGAUUUCUUCACGAGAUUAUUAGACUGUCAUAUAAGAAUCCAUUGAUAUCUGGUUUCUACAAACUCGUUCAGACUGGCAUGAAGAUCUUUAUUGCCCGCACGUCAGAAGAAGAAGAAGAAGAAGAAGAAGAGAACAGUAGAGAAUCACAACAGAUAAAAGAGCUUUUAUCUAAUUACUUGGCACGUACUCUCAAUCUGAUCCCCACGUUCUCGAACGAACUGCUAAUCGCAUGUCUCUACCUGAUCCUGGAUGCACCCUAUGUAUAUCUCAAGGAUGCGCUGCCAUGCACACUGCCAGCAUUCAAGAUCGCCUUUACUGUCGGUCUGAACAAUCUGGAACUCGCAGACACUGCGCUCACUACUUUGGAGACAUGGGCUGAACAAGAACGAAAACAGGAACGAACAAAUGAAUUGUUGCGCAAGAUCGUAGCGUACUUGGAACCAUAUUUGCGCAGCACGGAGAGCUCCGUCGAGGUCUCUCAAGAUUUGACGACGACGACGAGGAGUUGCGUGAAACGCAUCGAGUUGGUUGAUACUGAGUGUAAGCUGCGAAACUUCCAACGGCGAGUUCUGCUCUUCCUAGGAUCUCUCGAUCACGACCUGCUGUCAAGUUACGUGCACGAUCGCGCUUCUCGUAGCACCGGGGCGUCCUGGGAUCGCAAGAAUUUGCUCAAAUACAGCUUACCGUUGUCGGACGCGCAACUGGACAUCCAUUUUGAUCGAACGUUGCCACGAAUAAUUGCGUUGGCGCGCGAAUCCAGUGACCGACGUACCAAGAUCGCAGCCUGCGAGGUUCUGCAUUCGAUGGUGGCCCUCAUUGUCGGCUACACCAAGUCCACUUCGGAUAAUCGUUUCACCGUUCUCUACGGCACCCUGUGUCCGGCCAUGCUUGCGCUUGGUUGCGAUUCCGACGAGGUCGUGUGCGGCCUUUUUCAGCCGUUGACGUUACAGCUGAUGCGCUGGCUGAGCUCCAGGAUUAUGCUAUUAUCGCCUGUAAUCCCCCCUGUUCUCGAUUCGUUAUUCGACAACUUAACCAACGAUUCGAAUCCCGCCUUGCGCGAGUUCUCCGGUACGUGUCUGGCGGAGUUUACACGUUGGUCGAUCAGGCAAGCGCCGGAAGUACAAGAGAUCCAGUCAAAUGUUCAUCGGAUCGUCCGAAGGAUUAACGAGCUCGCUCUGCAUCCUUCGAUGCGUAAACGCGUAGCCGCGGCUAUAGCUUUUAAUCAUCUCUAUGCGAUCCUGCGCGAGGACGACGAUACAGUGUCGAUUUAUUGGCUAGAAAUAUUCUACUGUUUCGUCUGCAGCUUGAAUGACGAAUGCGACGAUCCAUCAAUUGCAAACGCGCUGGCUCACGUCGAAAAAGUAAUGAGAUUCAAGGCAGAUCUUUUGAAGGUGGCUGAUUCUCGAGGCAGGAGGAGAAAGCCGCACGAAUUCGAAGGCGCAACUUUGACCCACGCUCUGCACUGGUUGCUAUCGCGAUGUGGAUCACUCGACGAAUGUUGUCGAGCAAAAUGCAUGGAACUGUAUCUCAACGUGUCGCAAUGCGUCGAUAGUCCGCAGAAAACGAUACAUAUCUUCGUCAAGACUGACAAGAUGAAACUGAACGAUAUUAUUCUGAAAGACGUGAAAUCGGACAUAGAAGACAUCUCCGUCAUCGGCAAUGUGACACCAUUUUUGAAAGCUCUGGAUUACUACGUAUGGUUGCUGGACAACCAAUUACUGCAGUUCGAAACUCUUUUUCCCGAUAUCGAUAACGCACAAGAGCACAAGAUCUUCUCCUGCAUUCGCAGUUUUACUAGUCAAUUCUGGCAAAUAAUAAAAAAAAGAGAUCCGAUAGAGGCGGUUGCAGUACAAUCCAGGGAACUCGAACAGUUGCAGAUGCUACAGUGCAAAACUCUGAUGGCUACGCUGAAUUUUAUACAAGUACUGUUCAACGAUCGUGCCCUACCAAACUGUUUGCGGGACACUCGUCCCUUGUUCGAGUUAACGAUCAAGUGUAUAAUGAAUCCACGAGUGGUCGGCUUCGAUGUUAGGAACAUCGAGAUGACGGACAAGUUACCACACGUCCUAGAAAGUCUAUUAAACACUAUGAAAUUGCAUGGUGCACCAAACAUCUUCAAAGAUUGUCUCAUAAUUUCCGGCCCGAACAUCGCGGAACUUCUCAACUUGCAUGACAUCGCGCAAAACAACCGCGGCGACGAUCUGAUCCAGCAAGUUAAAGGUCUGAUUCUGCUACAACAAUGCGACAUGCUCGAUCAAACGAUCUUACAUCAGGAGGACAGCCAAGCCUUCAUAAACGGCGAGGAGACAGUGACGAUUAUCUUUGAGUUUCUAGUGAGUAAGCGCAUGGGGGAAUUUAUUUGCAGAAAUUUGAACGCGCGGAUGAUCGAAUAUUUGAGAACCAUAAUGGAGUUUCAACUCUCUCUGUACUCAUCGACGAUCAAAGCAUCAUCGUCGAUGAGUACAGAGGUCGAGAUAAUAGUACCUGAAAAUACUCGCUCGAUUAUCGACCAGCUGAUGAAAUUAAUAUCCGAUGACACUCCAGUCAUCGGCACGGAUUCCGCACAGAUCACUCAUGGCGAAUACUUUUUGAACAUAUUUAAGAGCGCGAUUUUCAAGUUUAUGUUGAAGCACAUCGACGCGGUCACGCUCGACUUUGACGAGACUUCGCGCAACAAACCGUCCUUUUUCCUCAAGUGGCUCGAGGAUCUAGUGCUGUAUCUGAAACAACACAAACACGAGUUGCAAGUUCACGUAGACGUUACAGUGAAUGCAAUUAUGCGGGAAUUUAUAUGCUUGAAGAAUGCCGUCUGUAACGUGGACAGUCACAACGAGAGAUUGAUGAAUAUUUACGGUAUCGUGGUGCGUCUCGGUUUAAAGCCCGCACAGGAUUCUGCAUUCUAUCAAUGGAUUCUGAAUCAAUUGAACAGUAAUAAAGAUCUCGAGUAUAAGAUACAUAUUCUGCAAAGAUUUUUUAUUUGCCUGACGGACGGGACGACGGAUAGCAUUCACGAUAAAAAGCUCGGCCAGUUGCGAACAAUCCUACGGACUCUGAAGAACGACGCCAAGAGUCUAUGCUCGAAUCUAUCCGAGACAAGCGUGAACGCCAUGAAAGUGAUCGACUGUUUCGAAAUGUUGCUGACGUUGCUGUCGACUACGAAAUCGAUAAUUAUGCUUGAGGGCGUGAUAUACUUUGCAAUCGGAACUGGCGAUCGUCUGUUUCGGGACGGAAAAGUGGAGGAGCAUUUGCGCGAAUAUUAUCGGGAAGUGUCCAGCAAUCACGUCCUACAAUCAUUGGAGUUUACGUAUAAAAUGUUUACGGAGAUCAUGAACGAAACUGACAGAUUCGAUGUUCUGAACGAAUUUCUCUUGCCGGCGUUCAAGUUUUGCGACGCAAUCGCGAUCGAGCGCUUUUUCGAGCAAAACAUUUACGAAUUGCGCAAAUACACUGGCCGAUCCAUCCCGACAGCCGCUACCGAAGAGGCGACAGUCAAACAGAUCAUCGUGUCCAAGAUCGGAUGCUUUCAACUGAUAACGAUCAUGGUCGCCAUGGUGGAUAUGAACAAGUUGGUCGGCGUUAACGCGACGAUCGUGCGAAAUGCUCUUUUACCCGACAUCGAGGCUGGCAAAGUGAAACUUCAAACUGGCAGAGAGCUUUUUCAAAGUUUGUUCACACACACCAGGGAUACGCGAGCUUUAAGCAUUGAGAGACCGGGAUGCAAGGAGCUUAUGCGUCUAUUGCAUUGUUCCGCGUACAAUUGUUCGUUGGCGAUCAUCAACUUGAAGGAUGAAGAACAUAUCUACUGUGCAGUAUUCGGCGAAGAUCACACGAAACGUUUCUUCAUUUGGAAGAACAUUAUAGAUCUCGACAAGCCUUAUCAACUCGGUCAGACUUUUAAGGAACAUCCGAAGACCCGCGAGAUCACCAUUAACGUGAGAGCCACAACUUCCAGCAUGGACGAUUCACGACACAGAUAUACAUAUGUUCACAGUUACGAUCUGACGACCUCCACGUUGUGCGAGGACAUCAAUGCCUAUGAUUUUAACAGAAGCGUCCUGCUGCCUCAUCCCGGUUCGAGAAAUCACGGAGCAACAAGCGUCGUCCUUGAGAGCGAUGAUUUCAAUCAACACGAAUGUAUGCCGUAUAUAUGCGUCUUAUUGCGACGUAUCAAAGAGGUCUGCGACAAAACAAAGCUACCGAACGACAAAUUGCCCAGGUCUAUAGAUCUCUUUUGCCUCGCUAUGCAGCCGAAGCGUGAAGUAUAUCUCGUCUAUCCCCGGAAUAUCAUACUAUUUUUAUUGAGGGUCAUCUGCAACACGGUUGAUGUGUUCAAGUCUUACGCCAAGUUUGUUAUAACACCGAUAAUCAAAACCGUCGCCGAUUACUUAGAACAGUACGAUUUGAAUUACAUCAUCACGGACAUUCUGGAGAUACUCAUGGAUUGGCACGACGUGGCCGUGCCACGUGAUGAGAAUGGCAAAACGCAAGAGACACAGAGACUCUUCGAAGUGCUCAUCAGAAGAGCAUUGAAAGAAACGUUCAAUGAUGAACGACGUGUGUACGACUAUAAUCUCGGUCUAAUAAAAAUCAUGGUGGAGAAGUGGCACAGCUAUUUACGAGUGCCGAAGAUUUUGUUGAACGAGAAAAUAAUAUUCGCUCCGAAGGCCGCGGUGUACCUCAUCUUAGUGCUUCUCGACAACGAUAUGACGGAAGAGAUCGUCCCGAGAGACGACAUUGUCAUCUUCCUGCAGAGACAGGUGAGCGAUUGGAAAACGUCCGAAACUGACAAAACGCCUCUACAGGCUAGCGAAUGCCUCGGACUAUAUCUGAACGCUUUAGAUAAGCUCGAAGAGGUCGAGAGAGAGGGUAAGAAACGCGAAGUGAAAGACAAAAUUUUCAAAGCCCUCGGUCCCGCGCAACAGUGCCAAAAUUUGAGCAAACAAGUGAAACGCAUCGCUGUUCUCUGCCGGACUUAUCCCGAGGUUGCCACGGAUCGAUGUUACGUCAACGUAAUGAUCAAAGCGAUGGCCCAGAAUGUGGAGAGACCCUACUGCUUGGAGGUAUUGACGUUAGCAAUGUCGAGACUUGCUUCAGACCAAUCCGUGAUUUUGGAUGAUUUGUGCCGUAUGAAUCUCCAGAAAGUGCUGAGAGAUCGAGCACCAUUUUGCGAGAAAUUGGCGCUGGGAAUCGUCGGCAAUUUAGUUGCGACCAUCCCACCGUCGAAGCUGUUGAACUACGUGAAUCUGACGAUCCCAUAUAUUAAAGAUAUAAACACGGAACAUCGAGAAUUAGUCUACGACAUACUCAUGAACGUUUACAGGAAGUACUCGGAAGACAGUACGGCGAACGAUGACUCGAUUCAGAUGUUGCGGUCUAUAAGCAUGGAGAACCUAUUGACCGGUUUGCUGGAUCCAUCUCAAGAGUUGCAGGACAAGAUACUGCGCUUCUGGACGGAGGAGACAAGACUCAGUACGGAGAGCUCGAAGACUCGUUUGCUCGCACUUCUUACCAUGCACUCGUGGCUUCGGAAGACGACGACGUCGUCGCCUGAAGACGAUGCGUUUGCGCCUUUCGUAGCGCUGUUGAUGCUGCAGCUGACCACCAAAUCGAGGAAUUACAACAAGAAUAUGUUCGAUCAGCCGUUGCAUCAGGAUUCCAUCUUCGAGAAUUAUACAAUAGACGUUUCCUGGCGCAGGCGGAAUCUAAGUUAUAUGACUCCGAUGUUCGUCGACUCGUUUGCCUCGCAGAUGAGCUACGGCACCUCCUCUCAGAUAAGCACCGAUGCCGGUGCCGAUAAUUCCUAUUUGCGUUUCUUGCGACAUCCAAAUAUACCUCUAAGACUUCGUGCGACGCAGGAUUUGCAGUUUGUGCCGACUGUUCCCGAUGCCGACGAAGCUGCCAACAUCACCCUCGAUGACGAAUUCGAUCGAACGACAAUCGCAUCUUCGUCGAGACAGUCAUCGCGAGUUACGACGACGCGCAGAGGACCAGUUAGAUUGCUGGCGAACUCGUCGGACGUCGCAAAUUUCGUUCGUCAUAGGCAAAUACAGAAAAACGUGAAACGGGCAGAAAUGAUGAAACAGGAAAGUAUCAGGCAGAGAAGUAGCGUGAAAUUGUACAGAGAUUAUAGAAUCGGAGAUUUCCCGGAUAUUGAAAUACCUCAUUCGAGUUUAAUUAUACCGCUUCAACAGUUGAUCAAAUUGGAUCGGUUGAUUUGUAAAGACGUGACUGUAUUGCUAAUCUGUUCGUUGAUCGAGCAAACAACCGGGAGAAGGUCACAACAAUCCGACGACUUCUGUCGAGCUGUCGUGGACAAUUUAAAGAGAAUUCUGCACGAUUCGAGCGAGAAAGACAGUCCCUUCAAUGCUGUUAUUCUGGAGACAUUGCUACAAUUAAACGUCACCGACUGUCAUCCACGAGACAUAGCGAAGGUCUCCAAGACGAGUCGCUUGGACGUUCUCGGUGCUCUUCUUCUGGAACGCAGUUUAUUGUCUGAUCCGCGAGAUAAUGACUUGCCUGCACCGAGCAAGAAAAUGCGAAGACAUGAGCACGAAGAGACCGAUAAGUGGGUACAGUUGGCAUCUCUCUAUAAAUCACUGAAUGACGUCGACGUUGUUUUGAGUAUUUUUCGAAGACGACAAUUUUUUGGCGAUUACGUGCAGAAAGCGGCUUUCGCGGAAGUAAACGGCGACUGGAUCCAAGCGAAAGACGCCUACAAACGCGCUUACGACCAAAUUGAGAAUCGGUCGAUAAAGGAGCACAGCUUCCAAGGCUUACUCGAGGCCGUCGAGAAUUUAUGCGACUGGUCGGAGAUCGAUCGGCUUGUGAAGGAGCGCACGUACAACGGAGGUCUGAAUGGUGUUUGGAACGACCCCUGGAAGGACUGGAUGAUUCCGUAUGUCUGCGAUGCUUAUGUACACAUGACGGCGGAGUUGAACUGGACAUCGAGGAACAACGAUCUGCCAGUCAUCGAGUCGUGGAUGAAUGAUCAAAAUAAACAGAAGUAUUUUAAGCACACGGUAGGCAAGGAUCUAAUAAUGUUUCUGCUGAUGAACAAAGAUCAGCAGAGACACGCCAUUGAUCUGUUGAACGAUCUUCUGGAUAAGACAGGAGAGCAAUGGGUCGGUUUGAAUCCUCUCUGCACCGAACAAGGGAUACGUGAAUCACUGAAACUGCAAGCCAUGAACGAUCUCAACGCUUCACUUAAGGUUCUUCGAUGCGCGAAUGAUGCGAACUACUUGGACCGGCUAGCUACGUUGUUGAACUUUUGGUCAUCGAAAAUACCUACCGUCCAAGACAAUCUGGUGCAGUGGAAUAAAUUAGCCGCUUAUCGAACGUAUGUCUCAAGGCUAUUUCUAAAUAUCUUCAACGAUAUGGAAGAGAAUGACGACGAGGAUAUUUGCAGAAAGAAAUGUACGAUCGUAGAGCAGAUAUUCCAAAACAGUUAUCAACUCCGACUGGGUAUCGCCAACGCUGCGUUGCAUCAGAAACACCGAUACAUCGCCGAGAAGCAUUUGAAUUAUAUGAAUUAUAACAAUCGUUCGAGGGGCAUCAGGUGGCUCGAGGUUAAGUUGAAAUGGCUCGAGGCUAGGAUCAAGUGUCUAUGCGCCGACGACGAGACGGAUGCUUCCACAAAAAUGUCCGAUUAUAUUGUCUCUUGGAGGCGGUUGCAUGAACUAUUACAGCAUAAUGAACUCGACGUCGACACAAAGACCGCUGUUUGGCAACACAUUAGUGCAUUGGCUUCGAAAAUCGAACUCUCAAGUAGGGAGGACACAGAAUUCGCGCGCAUGUUGGCAAGUAAUUGUCCUGAUGAUAUCCUGCAGAACAUUGGAAUCGCAGAAUCGCGUGUCGUCGAUCUGAAUAUAUAUAUCCAGGAACGGUUGCUGCAAUAUAGUUUAAACAAUCUGCGAGAUUGCUGCAAGUACGCAGAGCAAACAGCCGCCAGUAACAUCGGCGAACACUAUUGCGCCCUGGCUCGCUAUUGUUACGGCAGACUGAUGUCCACCGAUGCGGGGAGUGACGAACUUUUCUACGAUUUCUUGUCCUCCACCCUGAAAGCCAUGCGUCACGACUAUCUCGAGGCGGCGCAUUAUUUUCCCUGCUUGCUGAGACCCGAACGAUUGCAGGACCAGAAGACGCGUGACACAUUCGUUCAUGAAUGCGCCGAGUUGCGACCGUGGUUGUUUCUACGCUGGCAGGAUCUGCUAUUUUCUCACCUAGUCACACCAUCAAUUACUACCCUGAUUGCGCCGAUCAUCAGGAGACUCACCGAGACUUAUCCCGACGCGGUCAUCUAUACGUAUCAUCAGCUAUUCGAGAGAAACUCUGGUGUUUAUCAGGAUGAAAAUAUUCAGCAAGUGCAUAGGUUCUUGCGCGACAAGAUGAGCAACUACGACAAGUUCCUGGAGGCGAUACAAUAUGUGGCGCAACCCGAACUGUAUCUCAAGUACUAUCUCGAUAAAGCGUUGAAGGCUCUAUCGCAAGGAAAAGCAGCGAUAGACAUCAUCGAGUCUCUGCUGCAAAAGGUCUAUCCGAACGCGCAGAUGAGGAACAAUGAUCUUCGUCCAGGAGGUAUCUAUAGUGCGAUCGCAAGAUACGAAAGGGAGAUAAGAGCCUUGAAUCCUGAAGAUCCGAAUGCCAUGCGAGACAAAAUACGAAGAUUCAAGGAAGCAUUAGACAAGUCCCUCUCGAGACGCGCGAACAAAACGAGGUUGAACGAUUACAGCCCAUUCUUGCACGAGUACACGGGUGAUGAUAUCGAGGUACCCGGCCAAUACACCGGUGACAGGGAACCCAUACCACGUUAUCACGCGAGAAUCGCGCGUUUCGAGCCGCGCGUAGAGGUCAUGCAAUCGCUGCGCAAACCGAUUCGCAUCGGCAUGGUAGGCGACAAUGGCAAGGAGUACAAGUUCCUGGUGAAGUUCGGCGAGAAUCUGACGAUCGAUCGCGGCCUGCAACAGCUGUACACCACCAUGAACAGGACAUUGCGCAAUGACGCGAGCUGCAGACAAAAACGUUUAGCCAUAGACACGUAUGAGGUGAUUCCGUUGUCGAAGUCAUUCGGUCUCAUACAGUGGAUCGAAGACACGAAAUCCUUGGAGGACCUGGUGUGCUUCACUCUGUCUAACACAGAGAAGGAAAAAUACAAAAAGAUUCGCGACAGAUACGCGAUAUGGAUAGCGAACGCGACAUUCCCGAAGCGGCCUCGGCUUGUCGAUCAGUACAUGGAGGCCGCGUCCAGGUACAACUGGCGAACGGUCACGGAUCAGAUGGAGUGCUUUGUCAGCGAGACCAGGCAAACUGCUCUGCGUGACGCUUUCGUCGCUGUUAGUUCGUCGCCGGAGUGCUUCGUGACGUUACGACGCAACUUCGUCGCGAGUUACGCGACGAUGUGCGCGGCGCAUUGGCUCGCGGACGUCGGCGAUCGUCAUCUGCAGAACACCCUGGUGCGCGUGACCACCGGACGAUGCCUGGGCAUCGACUUCGGCCACGCUUUCGGCGGCGGGAUACGCGCGCCGAUACCGGAACUCGUGCCCUUUCGUCUGACGCCUCAGAUACUCGAGUUACUGCGACCUUUCACCGAGCAGGACCUUCUGGCGACGAUCAUGACCCACGUGAUGCGUGCCCUGCGCAACGAUCGGGGUCCGAUCCUUGCUUGCAUGGACAUCUUCGUUCACAAGCCUGCUAAUCGGUCUAAUAUCAAUGACGACGACGAGACAACGACGAGGAAUGAUGAUGUUGACGCAGACUUAACAUGGUCAUCCAAGAAAAAUAUUGAGAUAGUUGCGAAGAAAUUAAAUGGGAUCCAUCCAUCACUUAUUACAUUGGAGCAAUUAAGAGAGGCGCACGAUGAGGAAUACUUUACAAGAUAUUAUGCCAUUGUCAUUGGUGAUGACGGACAUGUCAAACAAGCACGAGCAGAUAUAAGGAACGAUUGUUUGACACCUGCUGAACAGGUGGAUUGUUUAUUAGAUCAAGCCAAAGAUUUCAAUAUUUUGGGCCGCAUGUAUGCAAAUUGGCAAUCUUGGUUGUGAUACGAUUUCUUUUCACAGAAUAUUAUAAAACUUAUAACAAUAAUAUACAAUUUAAAAAGAGUACAAAAAUUAUGUAUAGAAAUCUAUUUUCGAUAUUUGUAUCAAGUAAAGGAACUUAUUUUAACAUAAAUUGACCAAACUAUAAUCAUGGGUUAUUACAUAAAAUAAAGAUAUGUAAUAUUUUUAAUUAUUAGUUUUAUUACUUAUUACAUAUCUCUUCUUGUACUAUAGGAUACAGCUGAUCUGAUAGGCAAAGUUUAUUAGAUUUUAUAUUAUAUUUAAUACAAUUGUUAAAAUAGAUUUAUAAUUACAUAUAUCAAUUAAAAAAGAAAGUUUGUAAUAUAUGUUGAGUCUGUGUGGGUGUGUAUUCGUAUAUAUGUGAGCGAGAGAGAUAAAAAGAUAUAGAAACUAAUAUUUUAGAUUUUAUAAUUAUUUUGCAAGUUAUGAAUAUUAAAAGUUACUGAAUUUUAAAGA